CCUCAUGCCGGCCAAGUCCGGCGACCAAAUGCAAAUGGCAACUCGAAGCUGGCUGUGCAACAGCAAAGACCUCGAGGCCAGGCGAUCGCACGCGCGCGCGCAUAAAAAAAUGCAGGGUCAGCGCGUGGACUCGGCCAUCCGGAUCGAAUCGACAGCCUACCUGCCUGCCUGUCGCCUGUCGUGUCCGGUUGGUGCCCAAGCAAAGGAACAAACAAAUACCUGAAGAAACUGCCUCCCCUCCCUUCUGCCCAUCUCCCUCCGCAAGCGGCGAGCGAUCCCACCCCCCUCUAGAUCUCUAGAUCCCACUUCUCCAGGUCCAGCACCGAGGCCGUCCUCUCCCCACCCGAUUGCGGAUCGUCGCUCUUGAAAAGUUUGCAAAAAUCCGAUCUUUUUUCUCUUAAUUCUUGGCGCGUCUCCUGUGCGCGGGGUUUUUCUGUUGGUUCGGUUGGCUGGUCUUUUUCCCGCAACUUCUCUUCCGUCCUUGGCUCGAGGGCGCCAUCUUUCCUGCCCCGUUGACUCGGGCGGGCAUUCCGUCGAGCACCUACCGUGCGCCGUCGGGUGGCGUGGGGCAUCUGCGGAUGUUUUGUUCUGUAACCGGGAGGCGAUUCUUGGUUUCUCGGGAGCGUUCCUUGAUGCCUGUGUUGCGGAAGCAGGCUUCUCGCGGAUGGAUUGCAACGGCUGCUACGUGUUGAGAUCAAGAAGGUUCGUUGGCAUCGCCGAUGCGGGGUUCGAGGAUGCUGCGGAUGGCCUCAGCGAACUCGGUGACACGAUGAGUCUUCCACACAAACAUAAACAGAAGACUAAGGGUGUCGAGGAAUCCAUGGAGAUGGAAAAGCAGGAUUUGAGUUGGAAAUCCAGCAUGCUCCAUUCCAUGGAUGAUGAUUUCCUUCUUCCCGAGGCUAGUAAGCUGCACGCUUCAACAUCGGAAGGGUCAGCUUUAUCUGGCAAAAUGGGGUUGUCUGAGUCGAGGACAGACAGGCCAAGCAAUGGAACGAGCAAGGUUCCUAGACUGGGUUCGAUGCUUGGGGCAGCCAGCAUGUCUGGAUUUGGCAAAGCAGUGGAGAUUUUAGACACAUUAGGCUGCUUGAUGACGACCUUGAGCCCAGAUGGUGGCUUUAUUUCUAGGGCGAAGACCAAAGGGUGCAAGAUAUCAAUUCUUGCUUUUGAGGUUGCCAACACAAUACUUAAAGGUGCCAGUGUCAUGCAAUCUCUCUCGGAAGAAACUGUCACAUACUUCAAACAAGUGGUGCUUCCUUCUGAAGGCGUACAGAGUUUGAUUUCCGAUGACAUGAGUGAGUUGAUGCGAAUCGCAGCUAAUGACAAAAGGGAGGAGUUGAAAAUAUUUUCCCAAGAGAUUGUCAGGUUUGGCAACCGUUGUAAAGACCCCCAGUGGCAUAACCUGGACCGCUAUUUUGUCAAAUUAGAAUCAGAAAAUGCACCUCAGAAGCAACUGAAAGAAACAGCAAUAGCAGAGGUGCAAAAGUUGAUGACUCUUGUUCAACGUACAACUGAUUUGUACCACGAGCUGCAUGCAUUAGAUAGAUUUGAGCAAGAAUACAGUUUGAAGCUAAAGGGGAAGGAGAAUUCAGUUAGAUUUGAGAAAGAUAACUUUGCAGGAGAUAAUAUUCAAAUUGUGAGACUAGAGUUGAAGACCCAAAGGAGUUAUGUGAAGAGCUUGAAGAAAAGAUCUCUCUGGUCCAAGACAUUGGAAGAAGUAGUUGAGAAGCUUGUAGACAUUGUGCACUACAUACAUGUUGAGAUCAAUAAUACUUUUGGAUCGUCUGGUACUUCCAUGGCCCAAUGUCUCCUGUUGGACCAGUCAAACAUAGUGCCAGCUGAUCCUCGUAAUGUAUUGAUAGAUGGAGAUGCAUUGAGUGCCAAAUCAAUGGUGAACUGUCAAAGGCUAGGACCUGCCGGGCUUGCAUUACACUAUGCAAACAUCAUCAUUCAGAUAUACAGCAUUGUUUCUCGAUCAGGAUAUGUACCGGCAAGUACAAGAGAUGCCCUCUACCAGGGACUGCCACCAAGGGUCAGGUCGGCUCUACCAAAUAGAUUAAGGACUUCUUCGGUGCCUCGGGAGCUCACUAUUGAUCAAAUAAGGGCUACGAUGGAGAAAACUUUGAAAUGGCUUGUUCCCAUGGCCAUCAAUACCACCUGUGCCCGAGGCUUCUUGAGGUUUAGCGAAUGGGCAAAAGCAGGGACUGAGAGAGUUGGGAGACGACCAGGCCAAGCAGUUCCCAUCGAAACGCUCUACCAUGCCGACAAGGCAAGAACUGAGGAUUACAUUCUGGAGUUGGUUGUCUGGCUUCAUCACCUUGUCAGCCAGAGUAACCGGCCGGCAAACGCAAUAAUGCAAAGACCAAUGACCAAUCUAUCUAACCAAAAUGAUCAAGCCAUCAGCUGUUAUCCGGAAAGAGCAAACACCGAUCUCUUCUGAUCCAUUUCAUUGGUUGGUUUCGUCUUUGCUAGGUUGUAGAUGGAAACUAGAGUUGUUCUUGGCAUGGCGGACGUGCGUUUUUCUUUUUGUGUCCUGACACAAUCGGGCAUGCUUGUGAUUUGGUACAUCAGUUAAGUAGGUCUAGUAUAAGAAUAGCUUUUACUUUGAUCUGUUGGGUAUUCUGAAGGUUAUUCUAUAAGUGCAGUUGUGUGAUGAUAAUCACAUUGUACGAAAGGAAACGUACAGCAUAUCAAUUAACGCAGGGCAUAAGAACCAAAUAUGAAUCUCUGCUCGCACAUGUAUGUGCAGAAGCAGCAAAAUGUUGGGUGAUGU